AUGAGGGUGAAGCAAUCUAACAGGCUCCCUCAGGAACACGACCCGCAGGUUGCCCGCAGAGCAGUACAGAAGGUGGUACAGCGUAAUCAAACCCGCACUACCACAGCUCCAAGAAAGCCUUCUCUGAAAUUUGCUACCGCGAUUCAGGAUUUGGCUGUCCAGAAGCCACGUGAUGAGGGAGAAGAAGAACCCUCCUGCAGACUACUUCAACGUCUCCCCAUUUCAGAUCACGCCGAAUGGGAUACAGGCACUCUCUGCGCUGAUCUGGUGGUGGAAAGUACCACCGGGGAGAACGACACGCCUGGUCAGUCUACCGAGGGCACAGAGCAAAUGACUGAUCGGCAUUCUCCUGGGCCUUCUCCGCUUUCCCGUAGACCUGGUGACUUAGUCAUUAGAGAGCCUGAUCCUCAGCGUAGAUCUACUAUUCCCGCUCAACCUGGGAAAGGAAAAGCUAUCCAGAAGAUUCAGAAGGUAGUACCGCCAAGUCAAGGGAGGCAACCUGGGGGACCAACUACACUUCCGCCAUUGACCCCCUCUUCCCUUCCUCCUUCUGCGAGCCUAACUCCUACUCACCAGGGUAGUUCGAGUGAGCUUUUUCGUGCUGUUAGCGACCUGGGCAAGGGGCUUCUUGAGGAUAUUGGCCGUGAUGCAUCGACGCUUCAAAGCCUAGACUCCUACCCUCGACUUAGUGUCGAAGUUGUCUUGAAGAGAGGACUCGCUCAAUUGAUGAAGUCACUUGUCACCAUUGGUCAUGCUCAGCUUCGAGCCGUAGAUUACAAGGAGCUGAUCAAGGUGCAGGACGAUCAACUGGUGGAGGCCAGGUCCAAGCUGGAGCAAGCAGAGAGAACUAUAGCUGAACGGGACGAGUCUCUCAAAAAGCAGGCUCAAAACAAUGCUUCCUUGACAACUCAAUUGGAGAAGCAAUCCCUCGAUAUUAAAGAGUUAGUUCGAGACAAUGAGAGGUUGAUUAGCGAGAACGAAGAGCUGAAGCAAGAAAAAGAGCUUGACUUGAUUCGCUUUGAGGAGGCCAGUUUUGACUGCUUCUAUAAGGUCUGGAAGCUGAACAAGCCUCUUAAUCUUGAUUGUUUCCCCAAGGAGGCCCAAGCAGAGGAUCUUGCCAGAUGUGAAGCAAGAGCCGCUGAAGAAGCUGUCAACUCUCCUGCACUCGCCCCAACCUGCUCUGCUAUAUCAUUUCGAGCGAGAGGAGCAGUUGAUGCAGAGGAGGGAGUCGAUCAACCCUCUAGAGGAGCUCGCCUGUGA